AUGGCCGACACAAAGCUUACCGACGACCAGGUCAACAACCUGACGGCCGUCCUGCGAAACGACAACACCCACCUCGAUGUCAAAGUACAGUAUGUGAACACCAUCAAGACCGGCAUUAAGCAGCACAACGUCCCGGAGACGUGCAUCCCCCAGCUCUUUGAAGGCCUCCGCGGCGCCUCCAGCUCCCAACAUGUUGCGUUGGCCACGGCUGGCUUCACGGCCCUCAAUCAUCUCUUUACGCGCAUGUCACGCCAGGAACCCAAGUAUCUGGCCAAAGAGGCAACUCGGACGCUCCCUCUUGUCGUGGAGAAGCUGGGGGAUUCAAAGGACAAGCCUCGCGCAUUGGCAAUGCAGAGUCUGAACACAUUGUACGCCGUUGCCCCCGCCGAUGUCGAGCGCUCGAUUCGAAACAUAGCCAUGGCCAGCAAGAAUCCGAGGGCCAAGGAGGCGUCUAUGCAGUGGCUUUUGGAGACUCAUCAACAGCACGGUCUGCCAUUUCGAGGAUAUGUCCCCAAUCUGAUGGAGCUUCUGGAAGAUGCAGACGGAAUGGUCAGAGAUAUGGCUAAGAACACCGUUAUUGAGCUCUUUAAGAAUGCUCCCGGUGCUGCCAAAUCCGACUUGAAACGACAAUUGAAAAACUUCAAAGUCCGCCCUGCCAUCGAACAAGCCAUCGUUAAGGCCCUUGCCCCCACCGGCCCUCGCUCAGUAACUCCGUCAGAUGCCGCACCUGCUCCUCGACCCGCCCUGUCAGCGCCCUCGUCCUUUGCCGCAAGCGAGCGACCCGUAACGCCCAUGGAGGUUCCAGCCGAAGCUGUCGAGCCGCAAUAUGUUAACACCCAUCGCGAAUUGGACGACAUCAUUAAGGAGAUGGCCCCCCAUUUUGAAGGAAAAGAAUCUGAACACAAUUGGAUGAAGAGAGAGAAGGGCAUCGUGACAUUACGGAGGCUGGUGGCUGGCAACGGCCCGGCAGACUUUUUGGAUACUUUCAUGCCUGGGCUCAAGGCGCUGCUGGACGGUAUCAUCAAGGCCGUCAACUCACUGCGAACAAGCUUGUCGAAAGAAGGCUGCAGUUUGGUUCAAGAGAUGGCUGUCGCAUUUGGGCCCUCUAUGGACCCCUUGGUUGAGCUUCUCAUGCAAACGUUUAUGAAACUGGCUGCCAACACCAAGAAAAUUAGCUCCCAGAUGGCCAAUGCUGCCAUAGACGCCAUUGUGAGCAAGGUCACAUACACUCCCCGUAUCAUGCAGCACAUUUGGGGUGCAGUUCAAGACAAGAAUGUACAGCCUCGAACCUAUGCCUCUGGAUGGCUGAUGACAAUACUGAGGAAAGAGGCUCAUCACAAAAGCCAUGUUGAGCAUUCCGGAGGCGUCGAAUUGAUGGAGAAAUGUAUCAAAAAGGCCCUGGGUGACGCCAAUCCCGGUGUCAGAGAAAAGAUGAGAGCGUUCUACUGGGCAUUCUAUGCUGUAUGGCCAGCGAGAGCUGAUGUAAUCAUGGCAGACCUGGAUACCACCGCCCAGAAGCUACUGAUCAAGGAUCCAAACAACCCCAAUCCUGGGAGGAAGGUAGAGGCACCAGCCGCCGCCGCCAGGCCCGGUGCAGGAUUCUCGAGGAGCACCACCGCAAUCGGUAGCAAACCAAGCCUGCGGGAAACCGUGAUAGCCCAGAAGAAAGCCGCACUGGCUACGAAGAACCUUCCAAGCCGGCCUGGAUCAGCCAUGUCUACGUUUACUACACCUUCGGCUCACAGUUCCAGCACGCAACUCCACACAACUGCCUCGAAACCACUGGCCCGGCAUAGGACUGAGACUAACACGAUAUCAGUCAACGCUAGCGGCAUGUCGGUAGCUCCGAUGAGGCCAGUCAAGAGACGGCCAGAUGUUGCUCGUCCUGCAACAGCAGGCCCUUACUCUGUUCGAGAUCAACCUUCGUCCAGGGAAACUCAUAGCCCAGAAAAUGAUCAGCCCAAAUAUACGUCAUCAUCAUCGUCGAGGCCUGGGGGAGCUACUACACCAAAAAGGCCAUCCUCAAGGGCUCAUAUAUCUCAUGCAAGCGAGUCGGGCAUGAUAUCGCCAACCAAUAUCCGACCGACUGGCAUACCAUCACCGCGAGGUAGCCCGGCCAGGCUCAGGCACUCUCAGACCAUGAUGAGCCCAACAAGAGCGACCGACGAUCUCACACUGGUGGUGCCAACGCUUUCUAGUAUACAGUCGGCUUCACCUAGAUUAGAAUCGUUAGGUGCCUCACCAACUCCUAUUCUCCCCGCCGAAACCUCGACAUCACCUCGGAACGAGCCAUCUUCUCGGACGCUAAAGGUAUACGAGGAUCCCUUCACCGAGGAUCAGCCAACACCAACGGCAUCCCUUCAUACUGGACCUGUAUUGGAAGAGAGGGCAAUCAAUGAGGAUGCGGCAAACAUUCAGAGACCCUCGCAGCCGCCUAUUUCAGACGAUUCCGAAUCUCAAGAUAAGAAUGGACAAAACGCUCGCCUCCUGGAUAGCGGCAUAACGAAGAUCAAGGCCAAGACUCUGGAGGUGCACGGCUUCCGAAAACUACAGUCUCUGAUCCGUGACAGCAGGACCGUCUUCACUGACCAGCGGUUCGAAGCUCUGCUGAUCGGCCUGUUCCAGUAUCUGGAAGAUCCCCUACCCGAUCUCUCCGCAGACAAGGCCCAGGACGUCAAGGCCCAGAUCUUGACAACCAUCAAGGUGCUCCUGAAGAAGGAGCGGAGAAACUUCCAGCCCCACGUAUCAAGGGGCCUUGAGUCUCUUCUCCAGACGCGUGGCGGCUACGAUACCCGAGCACACGUAGUGAGCGGCCUGGAGCUUCUGGCCGAUGAACUCGUCACCCUCGGCAAUGGCUCCGAGACAGCUGUCGUGCUGACCAAACGUCUGCAGUCGUGCAGCGAUACCACCACCGAAGGCUGCCGUACCCUUAGUAUGGGCCUUCACGUUCUCAAGGAGAUGCUUGACAAGAGGCCCGAGUAUGUGCCCACCCACAAGGAGCUCCUGCAGCUCACUAGCAUGGCGGGCCGGUGCCUCGAAUCGGCUGAUUCAGGCGUUCGCAUGGACGCUGUCAAGUUCUGCGUUGCUCUGCACGCUCGUGUCGGCGAAGCGGCGUUCUGGGAGGCCAUGGCUGACAUCAAGGACGAUCCCAAGAGCUUGAUCACGUAUUACAUUGUCAAGAAGCAGCGUGAGGAUAGCAUUGCCGCAUAA